GUGAUUGGGGAAGUCAAUUAUGGCUGCCGGCGGGCUGCCGCCAUCUUUACGCCCGGCGUCGCCAGCGCAUGCGCGUAGCGGCCUCGGUGAGCGGUACGUGCAGUUAGCCCGUGUUGUACGCGUGUUGGAUACAGUCGUGUGCAGAGAUGCUGUGCCGGUUGAGCGUUAGGUGGCUGCAGCCGCGGCCUGCCCUGCAGCUCCGGGGCUUGUGCCCACCGGUCGUACCGGCCCCCACCGGCGGCGCCAAGCCCUCCGCUCUGCCAUUGUGGGCGGUGGCAUCAGUCUCUGCAGUUGGCCCGAGCGGCGCGGGUGGCUGGUAUGAAGCCCUGGCUACGUCGGCGCCGGUGCAGGGCGCCGAGGACGUACUGCUUUUUGCGCACACCGCCUCGGGCCUGCCCUGGUGGGGCAGCAUUCUUCUCACCACCGUGGCCCUGCGCGGCGCUGUCACGCUGCCCUUGGCCGCCUACCAGCACUACAUCCUGGCCAAGGUGGAAAAUUUGCAGCCAGAAAUAAAAAGCAUUGCAAGGCACCUUAACCAAGACGUUGCAGUUCGUGCAAAUCAGUUGGGGUGGUCCAAAAGAGCUGCCAGGCUCACUUAUCUAAAGACUAUGCGGAGGCUUGUUUCAGAGCUGUAUGUUCGGGAGAACUGCCACCCUUUCAAAGCCACUGUGUUGGUCUGGAUUCAGCUUCCAAUGUGGAUAUUCGUGUCUGUUGCUCUCCGGAAUUUUAGCACAGGGGCAACACAUUCAGAAGUUUCGGCAGGUUUUUCUGUUCAGGAGCAGUUAGCUACUGGUGGGGUCCUAUGGUUUCCUGACCUCACUGCCCUGGAUUCCACUUGGAUUCUGCCUGUCUCCAUUGGUGUCAUCAACUUAUUAAUAGUGGAGAUUUUUGCUCUGCAAAAAGUUGGAAUGUCUCGUUUCCAGACAUAUAUAACGUACUUUGUUCGUGCAUUAUCGGUGUUGAUGAUUCCAAUUGCAGCGUCAGUACCUUCAUCGAUUGUUCUCUACUGGUUAUGCUCCAGCCUCAUGGGCCUUUCACAGAACUUGCUGCUGCGUUCUCCUAGAUUUCGCCAACUUUGUCGAAUACCGUUGACCAAGUCAGAUUCAGACACUCCUUAUAAAGACCUCUUUGCUGCCUUUUACGCCAAGUUCAUUUCAAGAAAAUGACAUACUUUCUAGUAAUUUUGAAACAAUUACAAGUUUCACUGUUAAUGUAUUUAGAAGAUUUAGAAAUUCAGAUAUGGUUUAAUUUGCUUUUUAAAAUCAUGAGCUCUGUGAAGUACUGUGGAUUAAGAUAUAAUCCAGAUAUAUUUGAUAGUACUUAAAAUCUUUUAAGUGCUAAAAACGUAGUAUGUUCAGUUAUAUAAAAGUGGGAUCAAAGUGUCAGGCCCUGUUUAUAAAAUUACAACUUGCGAGAGGUGCUAGAACUUUGGAGAACAGGACUAGAGAAGUUUUAUAAAAUAAAAGAAUCCAGUGAAGUGAUUUUUAAAAUUUUGGAGGUGUGGAGGAUCAUAGACCCGGUUGAUCAUUUAAUAAAGCCAUGGUUUUCUCUUCAGAAAAGUCCUGGAACUCACAACAUGGAGGCCUUUAUUGACCCCCCUUCUGGUAAUUCCUGGUUAAUAAGUAUUAUUCUAAUGGAACAUACAUUGAUGAUGAGUUAAUGUGUGAUUUUAAAAUGAAAAGGACUUGAGAUACAUGCAGUGGAGUAGUCCACGCAUGUAAGAAAGUACCUAAUAGGGUAGGUAGUGUUGCUUCUCAACCUUGCUCUGAAGGAAUACAAAAAUUGUACAUUUCCUUUCUCUGUAAUUUAAGGAGUCUAGAAUACAGAGCAUAGAACUAAGUACUGCUAGAGCCCAAAGUAGAAAAUCUUAAGCUAAUCAUAUAGAAUAUGAAGGAACCCAAUAUCUCUGAUAAUCCUUUAAGAAAGUGAAAAACUGGUACUAGGGUCAAGGUUAUGCUAAUUGGGAGACUCCUUUAGACCUGUACACCUUGGUAUGAUAAUGCAUAACAUUAAAUUGGUCUGAGGAUCUUAAUAUUACAAAAUUCAUAAUUUCAUAGCUUAGAAAAAAGGAUCAAAGUAAAUUUUAAAAGCUCAAAAGAUCAGGAUAGUAUUUAGCAAGUUUUAAAAAUAAUGACUGAAUACAUGAAGUUACAUUAGUUACACUAUUACUAGAAAUUAAAUAGUAGGUGAAGAAUCAUCUCAUUCAGCCAGAGAGCAUGCAUAUGAACAUUGUGUAUUCAGUCAUUAGAGAAUAUAGAUAGAUCACAUAAUUGUGAAGUAAGCUUGUUGUGCAGAAUUCUGGAGACAGAGCUGUUUGAGUCUUUCCUGUCAUCUCAAAGUACAGUAGACCCUUCUGUCUUCCUAGCCCCAAAGCCACAACCAUUAAGAGCUUCAAACUGUCAGCAGCUAGAAUCCCAACAAACAGCUGAAACAGACUUCAUUAGAUAAGGACUAACAUAGCCACAGAUAGGGAAUGAUUCUGUGACUCUUGAACAUAUUAACUUGACUAUAGUCAUUUGUGGAAUACAGUUUCAAAGUAAAAGGGACUAUUAGAAAACUUUGAACUUUAUUUGGUAAUUGUGUUGCUCUUGUUAAUAUUGCAUUGCUGUUUUGGAACUCUUAUUGUCAGGUAAAAUAUAUAAUGAUGUUUACUGGUAUAUUUGUUUUCUGUGGAUGCUGUUAACAAAAUCUUUAUGCUGCUUAUGCACCAGGAGGAAGAUGCUAUUGAAUGUAUUUGAUAUUAUAAGAUAUAUCUCUUUCAAAUUUUUCUUUUAAGAGAUAGAUUUAGGGAUUGCCCCUGAGGUCCUACAAAAGAGGGUCCUCCCCACAGUUCUCCACCAGUAUACUCAGAAAGCCUAGCCUUCAUAUCUGUUUCACCUAAGACCUUCCACAAUCUCAGUUAAGAACUGAUGAAAUAAAAUUCAUGUUUUACGGCAAGAUGAGAAAAGUUUAAACAUAAAUUUUUUCUUUGUCCCUUUGGGCCUCCUCCCUCCCCUUUAGCAGGUAUUGUGCAUCUGCAUUAACCAGAGCUCUUUAGGAGAUGACAUUCCUUAAUCUCAUUAAGGGACACUGACUCUUAGGAGAUAACCUUCCUUCUUGUAAGGGACCAUGAUGACUCAUGACCCACUGUUUGCUUUGUACCUGUAGGUCUGGAUUGUGUAAACUGUUAAUAAUAUGUCGUAUGACAUAAACCCUUUGUCUCAAAAACGUACAUAACUGUGCUUUGACCCCUAAUUGGCAGAACGGUCCCCAGAGCUUUCUGAAAGUCUACCUCUCAGAGUAUAAUCCUCAAAUUGGCUUGAAAUUUUUGCAUUUUUUUCCUUAAACUGUUGAUGAAUUUUUCUGUUGACAGAGCUGUACAUAAAAGCACUUUGAUCCUGGUUGAUUCCUGUCCAUAGGAACCACAAGGCCUGGCAGUUACCACAAAAAAA